UCAUGUAACAUUGAUUGGUUGCAAAUUGUUUGUUUUAAUUGUGAAGAGAAUUGCAUGUUAACUUCGAUUUAAACCAAAUAGUUGCUUUGCAGUUUUUGCCAAGUAAACAAACUUCCACUUUCGUCGAUCAUGUGUUCGAAGCUGUAGCGAGAAAGGUUCUCACUGUUACCAGCUUGUGAGCGCAUAACAACAUGCCACCAGAGACUGCGUGUGUUAAGGCAGAAGCGGUGUAUGUGAAGACAGAGCCCAUAGAAGUAUGUGUGAAGAUGGAGCCCGAAGGGGUGUGUGUGAAGACGGAGCCCGGAGAGGUGUUUGUAAAGAUGGAAUGUAGAGAGAUGUGUGUGAAGACGGAGCCCGGAGAGACAGGUGUGAAGACGCAGCCUAGAGAGAUGAGUGUGAAGGCAAAGCCCAGAGAGGUGUGUGUAAAGACGGAGGCCGAAGAGGCGUGUGUGAAGACGGAAACUGGAGAGGCGUGUGUGAAGACUGAGCCCAGAGAAGUGUGUGUAAAGUCAGAGCCUAGAGAGAUGAGUGUGAAGGCAAAGCCCAGAGAGGUGUGUGUAAAGACGGAGGCCGAAGAGGCGUGUGUGAAGACAGAGCCCAGAAGGAUGUGCCUGAAGACGGAAGAGUGCACAGACAGUGCAUGCUCUUGCAGUGUGAGCGCAGCGGCUGCACAUGCUGGAUUGUAUCUUGACCAUGAGGUCAAGGACGAGCUCUUGCUGGGCCCCGAGGAGUGGCACCGCCCUCAAGUGCUUCCAUUACCAGUGUGUUCCGACUACAACGCCGCCCGCACCAGGGAACAGCUCGCAAUGACUUGUUCCGUGGUGCUCGAGCGCCUCCGCGACGACGCGAUUGUUCACACUGGAGACAAACAAUACGGUUGCGAACACUGCGGCAAGCGUUGCAGAAAUAAGUCUAUUUUAAGGAAACACAUACAGUACACUCACUUACUCACCAGGCCCUCAAGUUUUACCCAAAAAACAUUUUCUUGUGGUGUUUGUAGUUCUACAUUUCAGACUAAAUUGCGUGUAUUAGAGCACGAAAAAAGGGAACACGAUGUUACAAAUUUUAUGUGUGAUGAAUGUGAGUACACAACUAGGUCCAAGAAAAGUUUACGGACUCAUUUGAAGAGUCACUCAGUGGACAACGUUUUUAAUUGUGGUCACUGUAGUUACACUAGUCUUUCUAAAAGUGAUUUACACAAACACAAAGCGAUACACACUCGAGACAAGACUUUUAGGUGUACCGAAUGUGAUUUUAAAUGCAAUUUUAAACUAAACCUGCGACGUCACCAGAAGACACACAACAGAAAACAUCAGAAGAUACACAGUGGAGAGAAACUCUUUCAUCAAUGUGGUUACUGUGAUUACAAAGCUCGUAGAAAAGAACAUUUACAAAUUCACACAAGAAGACACACUGGCGAGAAGCCUUUCACAUGUAGCUACUGUGAUUACAAAUGCAUUACGAAACUUAGCCUACAAAAACACCUGAUGAUACAUACUGGGGCGAAGCCGUUUAAGUGUAGCGAUUGCGACUACAGUUGCAGGCAGAAAGGAAACUUGCUGCUCCACCAGAGGACACACACUGGAGAGAAGCCGUACACAUGUAGCCAAUGUGACUACAAGUACAGUGAUAAGACAAGCUUACGCAGACACGAAAUGACACAUACUAACCAGAAGCCUUUCCAUUGUAACCACUGUGAUUACAAAUGCAUUCGGAAAUCACAACUGAAAAAUCACCUGAUGAUACAUACUGGGGCAAAACCAUUUAAAUGUAGCAAUUGCGACUACAAGAGCAAUCGAAAAGAAAACUUGUUAAAACAUCAGAUGAUACACACUGGCGAGAAGCCUUUUAUUUGUACCCACUGCAACUACAAGAGUGGAUAUAAAUAUGAUUUACAAAGACAUCUAAGAAAGAAACAUUCCGGUGAAAAACCCUGAAAUAAUUACGCAAAUAUGAUCCGCUAGUUACCGAUAGAGCACUCAAUACAUACGAACUUUUUUUUAUUCUGUUUAAUAUUUUGCUUACCUACACGGGCCAAACAGACCAAUUUGUGGUUUUGAAUUUUUGGCACUAUACCAUGCAUUUUAAAUGAUUAAAAACUUAUACACUAACAGGAAAUAAAAUGUGACAUUUUCAACCAAAAGGUACCACAUUGUCGCUGGUCAAUAAGAUUGAUUUCAAAUUGAAGCUGUAUGGAAAUAGCGCCUUAUUGACAACCGACAAUAAGGACCCUUUUGAUUGAAAAUGGCACAAAUGUUGGUGGUGUUAAUUUUAUUGUUUUAUUUUUCAUUCCUGUAGUGUACUUGUGUGAGUGUACUGUCAUAAGUUGAGGACUUUGCAGGACGAACAUAGAACACAGGCGAACGCAACGAGUCAGGUUAAGCCAACUGCACCGUGUCUGUGUGUUUGAUAGCACAGAUGGAAGUGUUAUGUUAUCUAAACGUUAAUCUUCUAUGAAACUAUGACGUUUUAAAUACCAUGGAGAUAUGUAUACAAAUUCCAAAGGUCGCAGUGCCCACUGCGG